UUCACUCAAGGAGGAUCUGAGGUCUGAUGGCCUCCAGCACAAACAAGUCAUUACAAAAGAAGCUCCUCAUCAUAUAUUAUGUUGCCUGAAUACUAUUCCUAGAUUGAAAAUAACUUUUAUGGGGUGAGGGGUAGUGCGAAUAUGGUUUUGCAUUUCGCAUGCUUGAGGAAAUGGAGGAUACACGAGAUGAUGCAGGGUCAGCAGAGCAAGGGUCUUCUAAUGCAACCUGGUGGUCGUCAGAUUUUAUUGACAAGUUUGGUUCUGUUUCUUUGGGUUCUCAAGGAGAGAGUUUGAGUAACAGGGAAUCUCCUAGAAAUUUUGAGCAAUAUGGAUUGGCAUCUCAGACAGCAUCACAGAUUUUGUGGAGUACUGGAAUGCUUUCCGAACCCAUUCCAAAUGGCUUCUAUUCCGUCAUUCCGUAUUACUACUCUCAGGAUAAAAGGCUUAAGGAGCGAUUUGAUACUAUUCCUACAUUGGAAGAGCUUCAUGUUUUGGGUGGAGAAGGUUAUAGAGCUGAUACUAUUCUUGUUGAUGCUGAGAAAGAUAAAAAACUAUCUAUGCUGAAGCAGUUGAUUGUGGCACUGGUUAAAGGAUUGAACUCAAAUCCAGCUGCAGUGAUUAAAAAGAUUGCCGUAUUGGUUGCUGAUGUUUACAAACGUACAAUUGUGGAAAGUCCAGCAAAAGCUGCACUAGAAGUAAACUCCUACAUAUUUGAGAACCGAAGUGUCCAGAUGCUGGGGCAAGUAAAGAAUGGUUCAUGUCGUCCCCGAGCAAUUUUGUUUAAAGUUUUAGCAGACACUGUCGGGCUUGAAAGUAGGCUCAUGGUGGGUUUGCCAAAUGAUGGGGCUGUUGAGUGUGCAGAUUCAUAUAAGCACAUGUCUGUGAUGGUUGUGUUAAAUUCUGUGGAGCUACUGGUUGAUCUUAUACGUUUACCGGGUCAAUUGAUGCCACGAUCAACAAGGGCUAUUUUUAUGACCCAUAUUUCACCAGCAGGGGAGAGUGAUUCUGCUGAAAAUGAUUCAUGUGAUUCACCGAUGGAGCCAAACAGUCCUCUCUAUGGAUUUUCUGAGAGAGUUGAUCCUGAAAGUGCUGAAAAAGAUGAGAACCUUCAGUUCCUUCGAAAAUUGGAUAGCUCUUCCAAUAUAACUGGUGUUUCAUUGCGGAAUAUGAUGCUACGAUCUUCCACCUCCAUUAAUGGGAAGUUAAGCCUGUCACAUAGUGAACCCAACAUUGCCAAUGCUUUCUGGCAUCGUAGCCGACGAAAGAUUAUUGCUGAACAGCGGACUACCAAUUCCAGUCCUGAGCAUCCUUCUUUUCGAGCACAAGCAAGGUCCAUGCUAAAUGGUGAUAGGAAUUCACUUAGGGACUAUGGUGUUGAUGUUGCCACAUCAAGUUCUAGCCACAGAUCAGAUCGUGCAUCAACACCAGAAGCACGUAGAAUAAGAAGAAGAAGCAUGAGCAUGACUCCAGAGAUUGGUGAUGAUAUCGUAAGGGCUGUCAGAGCUAUGAAUGAAACAUUGAAGCAAAAUCGUCUUUUGCAAGAGCACAGGGAAGAUAGGUCUUUUUCCCAUUCUUCAACCGAUAGGAAUGACAGUCCUGAUCUUCAGAAAAAUGUAUCCAAUUGUCAACUUGAUGGCCACAAUAAAAUUGCUGGUGGGAGGUCCGCAUUGUAUAACCUUUCAAGGGAUCAAAUAAAUUCUCAAAAAGCAGUGUCGUUGCCAUCAUCUCCACAUGCUUAUAGAAGCCAAACAUCAGAGAGAAGUGGACUUUCAGGCUGUCUACCAAAUGAUGAAAUGAUUAGAACAUGGAAUAAAAUUCUUGAAUCUCGAAUGUUCAACAAUAACCCUUUACUACCUUACCCCGAAUGGAAUAUUAAUUUCUCCGAAUUAACUGUUGGAACUCGUGUUGGGAUAGGGUCUUUUGGAGAAGUUUUUCGUGGUGUAUGGAAUGGAACAGAUGUUGCAAUCAAGGUGUUUCUGGAACAAGAUCUUACUGAAGAAAAUAUGGAAGACUUCUGCAAUGAGAUAUCAAUUCUUGGCCGACUUCGACAUCCCAAUGUUAUUUUGUUUUUGGGUGCAUGCACAAAGCCACCACAGCUUUCAAUGAUUACUGAAUAUAUGGAGAUGGGAUCAUUACACUUUUUAAUCCAUUUGAGUGGUCAGAAAAAUAGAUUGAACUGGCGUAAGAGACUUAAAAUGUUGCGUGAUAUAUGCAGGGGGUUGAUGUGUAUACAUCGGAUGAAAAUAGUACACCGUGAUCUGAAAAGUGCUAAUUGCCUUGUGAACAAGCACUGGACUGUGAAGAUCUGUGAUUUCGGGCUCUCAAGAAUAAUGAACAGCCGACCCAUGAAAGAUUCUGCAUCUGCAGGAACACCAGAAUGGAUGGCUCCUGAGCUCAUACGCAAUGAACCCUUCAGCGAGAAGUGCGACAUUUUUAGCCUCGGGGUGAUAAUGUGGGAGCUCUCUACUCUAAAUAGACCCUGGGAAGGUGUACCGCCGAAAAAGGUGGUUUAUGCUGUCGCCAAUGAAGGCUCACGGUUGGAGAUUCCAGAAGGCCCCCUAAGCAGGCUAAUUUCAGAUUGCUGGGCAGAACCAGAGGAGCGGCCAAGUUGUGAGGAGAUACUCUCUCGCUUACUCGAUUGCGAGUACUCUCUCUGCUGAUUCAAACUCUGUUUGUAUAGA